AUGCCCACUCUUCGCAAGUUUGUACCUUUGACGAAUCACUCUGAUGCAAUUCUCAAUUCAGCACCAUCAAAGUUCCCGGGGGAACUAGGAGCUCUCUCCGAUGGCACACUCAUUAAGCCCCCAGGCCGCUGGGCAAGUGCGAAUAAGGAAUUCGAUUUUAGUAACAGCGUCUACGUUAACACCCGCCAGGCACAUAUCGUCCUCAGUAACGACGCUCUCGAGAUUAUUGCUGCUAUCGAAGAGUACCAUGCCAUUUUCGAUGACCUUGUUGACGCGGUAGAUGAGGCCAACAACAAGGAGUUUACUCGGCUCCAUAUCCGUGAGCAUAAGGGCGCUACCCAUCGACAAAUCGAGCUGCUUAAUUAG